UCAAGCUUCAAACCUUGCGAGACGGUGACCUCCGCCCAUCUAUCCGCAUUCGAUAGCCACUGUCUCCAUCUAGACGAACAACGCAGAAUGGCGCUGGAUGGAGGGCUAUAUAAUAGUAGCACCCAGGGCUGCUGACCCCAUUCACCUCUGCUCACCGAGAUGAAGUUCACGUCUGCUAUCUUCUUCAGUGCUGUUGCUCUGUUCCACGCCGCUUGCGCGGCCCCAGCUAUUGAGACCGACGCUCUGCUCUCUCGACGCGUACGCCCCGGUGGCGUGUACAUCUCGUCGGGUGACGUUGUUAAACGCACCGAUGGUAUAUACCUUUUGUCAGACGACGUUGUUAAACGCACCGACGGUAUAUACCUUUUGUCGGACGACGUCGUGAAACGUACCGGCGGUGACGUGGAUGCCCUCGAUAAGCGCGCCGGCGGCGAGCUCUACAUCAUCACCGAUGAUGUAAUGAAGCGCGAUGGCGGCGCCGUGGCCUAAGCUUAUAACGGUGUGUAUCCGCUUGGAUGUCCAGUUUUUUACACUGAUAAUAUACCUCAGAGCUCGAUGAAAGCCUUUAGACGAAGACGAAUAGCCACAGUGAAUUCAAGCUAUAUCGGUGGACGCAUGGUCUGGUGAUGGGCGGCCG